AUGCAGAUCUGGUCGUCUGUGGGACUUUCUCUGGAGCUGAGCUGUGGCACCAGCCCUGGCCGAAUGACGCUGGAGCCGAAUCAAACCCUCGUGUUGGACUGCACCCCGGCUCCCUCGGAGCAGAUCCUCAGCAUCACCUGGAUGAAGAACGGGCUCCGGGUAGAAGAAGAGGAGAACCUGCGCAUCCUCCCCAAUGGAUCUUUGUUCAUAUCAGUAGCCUGGGAGCCUUCAAAGGAGGGCAGCUUUCUCAGAGGGUCUGGCGCGGAGGGGAAUUACUCUUGCAUCUCUCGUACAUCCCUCGGCUCAGUCGCCAGCCAAACGGUUGUGCUUCGGGACUCGACGUUGUCUCAAUUUUUUCAACACCCAGAGUCUCAGACAGUGGAAGAGAAGGGCGUGGCCCGUUUCGAGUGUCGGAUCGAAGGGAUACCCGCUCCGGUAACCGCCUGGCAGAAGGACCACAUUCCUGUCCCUUUGGAUCCCAGGUUCAUUGUUCUCCCAAACGGUGUCCUACAGAUCAUAGACGUGCAGGAGAGUGACGCAGGGGGCUACCGUUGUGUGGCGAGUAACUGGGCAGGGAGACGUCACAGCGCCAACGCCAUUCUGAGCGUCGUGAAAGGUAAUCAGCUGCCACCCGUGGGAGAUGUGGUCUUUGCUGCUGUCCCGGAGAACACCACUGUGACAGUCGGGGAAAGCUCUGUGCUGGAGUGCAUGGCAUCUGCAGAUCCCACACCGUUUGUCUCUUGGAUACGGGAGGAUGGGAACCCCAUUUCCACCGACGUGAUCGUGUUGGGACGGACCAAUCUCGUGAUUCCGUAUGCCCAGCCCCACCACGCAGGAGUGUACGCUUGCCGUGCCAAUAAACCCCAGACCCGGCAGUUUGUGACAGCUGCAGCCGAGCUCCGAGUCCUUGCUCCCCCCUCCAUCUCCCAGGCGCCCGAAACCAUAUCCCGCACCAGAGCCAGCACCGCCAGAUUCGUCUGCAGAGCGGAAGGGGAGCCGUCUCCCAGCGUCCACUGGCUGAAGAACGGAGAGCCUCUCUCGUUCAACGGGCGGGUGAAGGCACAGAGCGGUGGCACCUUGGUCAUCAACCAGAUCGGGAUGGAUGAUGCCGGCUACUACCAGUGCGUGGCGGAAAACCCCCUGGGCAUGGCGUGCGCCACCGCCCACCUGGCAGUGAUUGUGCGGGAAGGCCUGCCCAGUGCUCCUAAGAAGGUGACGGCGAGUUCUCUCUCCAGCACCACCGUCUUAGUAUCCUGGGAACGGCCGGAGUUCAACAGCGAGCAGAUCAUCGGCUUCUCGCUGCAUUACCAGAAAGCUUUGGGCACCGACAAUGUGGAGUUCCAGUUUGCUGUGAAUAACGACACCACGGAAUAUCAGGUCAAGGAUUUGGAGCCCAACACUAACUACAUUUUCUACGUGGUGGCCUAUUCGCAGCUGGGAGCCAGCCGGACGUCCUCGUCCAUCGUUGUUCGGACUCUGGAGGAUGUUCCAGGUGCUGCGCCUCAGCUGUCCCUGUCAAGUGCCACGCCCACAGACAUCAAGGUGACCUGGCUGCCUCUCCCUCCCGAGCUGAGCAACGGGAAGAUCACCAAAUACAAAAUCGACUAUGCCCCCCUCAAAGAAGAUCUGAUUUCCUCGACUGAAGUUGGCGCAAAUGGAACCCAGUUCACUCUUUAUGGCUUGCACCCGAACAGAGUCUACAAAGUGCGCAUCGUGGCCAGUACCAGCGUGGGCUACGGGGCCCCUUCUGAGUGGACGCAACAUCGGACCCCAGACCGAGACAACCAGACGCAUGUUCCAUUUGCCCCGACCGAGUUAAAAGUCCGUGCCAAAAUGGAAUCUCUCUUAGUCACUUGGCAACCCCCGGCCAACCACGCCCAGAUUUCGGGCUACAAGCUCUACUACCGAGAAGUGGCCACUGAGGAUGUGAGUGAAGAGAGCCCCUCCGAAGGAACUGGUGACGGCCCGUGGGAUGUUGGACCAAUAAAGCUGAAGAAGAAAGUCAAGCAGUACGAACUGACCCAGCUCAUUCCUGGAAGGCUCUACGAGGUGAAGUUGGUGGCGUUCAAUAAGCACGAAGACGGCUACGCGGCAGUGUGGAAAGGCAAGACGGGGAGAGCUCCGGUCACCCCAGCCAACCCCCCAGUUCGAAAGGGCCCCCCACUGCCCCCAGCCCACAUCUACGCGGAAUCCAACAGCUCUACAUCCAUCUGGCUGCGGUGGAAGAAACCUGAUUUCACCACAAUGAAGAUUGUCAAUUAUACAGUGCGCUUCAGCCCCUGGGGGCUUAAGAAUGCCUCACUGGUGACUUAUUACACGAGUUCUGAUGAAGGCAUCCUCAUCAGUGGGCUGAAGCCAUUCACCAGGUACGAGUUCGCAGUGCAGUCGAACGGUGUCGGCAUCGACGGGCCAUUUGGGAACGUGGUGGAGUGGUUCACCCUUCCGGACAGGCCGUCAACACCUCCCUCCGACCUGAGGCUGCACCCGCUCAAUCCCUACGCUGUCCAGGUCCACUGGUGUCCCCCGUCAGAACCCAAUGGCAUCAUCGUGGAGUACGUGAUCCUGUACAAUGCCAAUCAUUCGCAACCAGAUGAGAUGUGGACUCUCCUGACAAAAGAGGGCAAUACCUUCAGCACCGAGGUGCAUGGGCUGGAGAGCGACACCAGAUACUUCUUCAAGAUGGGAGCGAAGACAGUCGUCGGGUCGGGCCCCUACUCAAACGUGAAGGACGUGCAGACUCUGCAGGAGCGGUUCUCAGAUAUACUGGACAUUCACUCGGUCACGGGAAUCAUCGCAGGAGUCUGCCUGGGCCUGCUCUGCAUUCUCUUCUGCAUGUGUGCCGCCUUCCACAGCAACAAACCAAGGGAGUCAGUGCCAGGUUUGGAUUCCCAAACAGCCGGGAACGACGUGUACUAUCUUCGGAACCGGCAGCCACCGCCACCACCUGUGGCCCCAUCUGAUUCUCAUGAGCUGGAGUCUCUCAUGUCCCCACUCCCCGAGGAUGUUCCCUCGCCCCCCACUGACGUCAUGGAACUGACAGAAAUGCAGGGCCUUAUCCAGGGCAGUUCUCUGGAGGACAGCGCAAGCCACAUCAAAAGGAAGCCGCCGUGGGAUAAGCCGCCAAACAGCUGGCCAAGUACCGUCACCAACUACAGAGGGACCGUUGCAAAAGAUGCGGCCGCGGCGAUGAAUGGAGUCUUGAAGAUGGUGUCCAACGGGGGGCAGAACCUCUCGUUACACGCUUUGGUCUACGAGGCUGUUAUGAAUGAAGGGAGGAAGGAAGAAGCGCCCGGAAGCCUCAACCGGAUGGAAGCGGAGGUCAUCGUCCAUUCGGAUUUCUCGGCCUCCGACAGAGAUGACGACUCUGAGCUCCGCGGCCUGGACUCCGGAGGGCCACUCGCUGAGGACGGGGCCCCCAAACCCCUCCCCACAGAGGGAGACCCGUCUCCGCAGGCUUCUCCCGGCCACUCUGAGCAGAGCCAGGAAGAGGAGAGUGACCUGGACGCCUCCGGGGCGUUGUUAAGGACUGAGGGGCAGACUCACAAGAUGGCCGCCGGGUUUACCGGGCCUGGGGAACGCCAUGACUCAGUGGGGAGCGGGGACUCUGACUUCCUUCAGGAAGAGGGAGAGAACGCGGACGCCGCCCCCGGCGAUGUUUUCCCCACGAGCCAGUCACAGGUCCUGCUCUGUGGAGGCCUUUCUAGUCUAAUUAGUUCUCCCACAGCGUUUGAGAAUGUGGCGUGCACGCACCAUCUUUGA